ACUUUUAUAAUUUUAUUCCGUUUCCAUUCAUCGAUUGGAGCGGACGCUUAACGUUUUUACUCUCUGAACAGUUAACCCUACAAACAGUGGUGUGAAUCAUCAGCCAGACCAGCAGUGAAUAGAAAAUAGCCACCAUCGACGCCAUCUUUCUUCGCCAACGCCGCCGCCCGCUUGAAACGAAAAAUUUUAAGAUCGCCAUCGACGUAAUCGCAAUCUACGUAAACAACUACGCUACGACGUCGUAACACGCUUCAACGGCAUCGUCGACAUCUACGCAAGCAAGGCACGCACACACUCUACGUCGGUCUACGUCCUCGUCGAUUUGAAUCAAUCAGAAUGAGCGAACAGAAGGGCACUCGCGUCUACGUUGGCAACCUCACCGAUAAGGUCAAGAAGGAAGAUCUCGAGGGAGAAUUCACCAAGUACGGUAAAUUGAACUCUGUUUGGGUAGCUUUCAAUCCCCCAGGUUUUGCGUUCAUUGAGUUCGAGGACAAGGAUGAGGCCAAGUCGGCCUGCGACAGUCUGAAUGGGCAGGACAUCCUUGGCUCGAAGCUUCGCGUUGAGAUCUCCAAGGGUCGUCGAAGCUCCCGUGGAGGACCCCGCGGAUAUCGUGGCCCACCGGGUCGUUCGGGCAGCGCCGGCGGCUUCCGGUCUAGUUCUCGGGGCGGAUUCCGCGAAGGGGGCGGCUACCGCAACGGGGGUAGCGGCGGAUUCCGUGGGGGAAGCCGCAGCGGAAGUCGUUUCGACAGCUACGGAAGCGGCCGCUCGUCCGGGGGCCCUGGUGGUUACAGCCGCGAUUCGGGCCGCGAUAGCUACGGCAGCAGCUUCAGUGGCGGAUAUGGCGGUGGUCGAAGCAGCGGCGGCGGUGGCGGAAGAUUCCGAUCACGAUCACCGGUUGGUGCUCGCGGUAGAUACUAAGCGACUUUGAUGUUAGCAUUUAAGCUCACUGAACAGCGUGUCGUCUUAUCUUCUGGAUUUAAAAAGAGAUAACUAACGUGUCAGGAAGCAAGCUUAACAACACAUUUGCACCGCUGUUCGAACACAAACUUAUUUAUUCAACUGGCAACGAUUAAAUGUUUGAUUCACUCUACACUGUAGUAGAGUAUAUUUUGUCACUUUUCUCGCAGACAAACCUGCGAGGCAAAUAGAUUCCCCCCCACAACCAAGUUUUAGACACUAGUAUGAUUAUUUGACAAAUUCACAUAAGUCACAAUAAAGUGAAAAGUCUAGUUUUUGGCGGUCAACACUUAAAAACCUGUCAAGUCCUGUUUUAUAUGUGUUUUAAUAUAUAAAAUGGCUAGAUGUAACAUCUUGAAAAAUGAUCUAUCCUGGGCCAGUAACAUUCUACAAAAAAAAUACCAGUACGAAAUUUUGUUGUUAGAUUCGCCUCAAGGCUGAAUCUUGCAAAAAAAAAAAACAAAACCUUAAUGUGAACAUAUUGGAAUACAAAACAAGAACUACGCCAAAUCAAACUUCAAUUAAAACGGAAAACUAUGUCCAAAUUGCGGUGCAAUAUCUUCCAAUCAUAGGAAAACAGAUUCGGAAGAAAAGCCAAGUAAAAAAAAGAAAAUUAAAAAAUAAAAACACAUGAUAGAGAGAUUAUCGAUAUAACGUGGAUCCCUGGUUGGUUAAUGAAAUCCAUGCUGCAGCAAAGCCCAAAAAACCGCUCAACCAAGGCAUUAGCCACCCUCGGGGUUCUGGAAUGUGUUAUCUAAAUCUCGAGUGUGGUCUAGCGGCAGCGGCCAGCGGGGUUUCGGUAGCAGUAGACCUAACUUAUUCUGAUAACCAUUUUAUCUUAGUUAUUUAAAAAAAAAAGAAAUUUGAAAAAUAUAAUAAAGAAAUUAUUUCACUCAA